AUGCAUCUUUUCGGUACUUUCAUAUUGGUCAUCUUGGCUGUUUUCGUGGUCCAAGCAUGCCUUCCGGAAGUGGGGCCGCCAGGGCGAGAUGGACGCGAUGGAGAACGGGGAGACCCAGGAUCUAAGGGCCCGAAAGGUCCUAAAGGACCGCGUGGGCUCCCAGGACGGCAGGGACAACAAGGUAGUCAAGGCGACAAGGGAGAGACGGGGCCGCAAGGAUUUACAGGUUUAAGAGGACCGCAAGGGGAGGAGGGAGAUAUGGGAGGAGGAGGAAGAUGA